UUCGAGAGUCAAUGGGUAUAUAUAUCUCCCAUCCACACAAAAUCCUCUUUCUGCAGCCUUUACCAAAACUUCAGAAGCUCUGGAAUAGAGGAAGAAGAGACAGAGCACCAGACAUUGGGCAUUGUGUUCUUUUGAUAUGGUUCCAUUUACUGAAGUGGCCAGCCAAGCACCACAACUAAAAGCAUUUGUUGGCAUCUUCGAAAGGAAGGUAAUGGAGAGACAGACACACACUAAGGUCAGGUGUCCCAAAGGAGAAGGUAAUAUCUAGUCCAACAAACCCUUUUUUUUAAUUUACAAGUUCUCAUCAUGAGAAAGUAGCUGUAUUUAACUACGAACGAACUUCUUCUCUGAUCUGGAGAUACACACUAACCUGAGUUGAGUAACAAAUAAACACCUUCAUUACGUAGAGAAAGAGAAAAUGUGAAUGAGAGGGUUUCUUCUAGAUAUAGAUAGAUGCUUAAGGAUGAUAGGUACAACGACAGAAAGCAAAUCCUUCCUCGGGAUUGGCUAGCUAAGCUCACCCAUUCAAGAGAGAUAUCCAACUCCUGCAGCAUAUACCACCACAAUACAAUCAGCCACGGCGCAAACACAGUAUAUACUUAAGGCUUGAACAACAUCCUUUGGAAGCGUGUGCUGCCAUGCAUGGCCAUAUAUACUCUUUUGACUGAUCAAAGCUAUAUAACACAAACAGGUAAAUCAAUCAGAAGUUCACUCACACAAGAAACCCGUCUUCACUUUCUCUCCCCUUCUCCUACCACUCGAAAAGGCUAAGAAAAUUGAACUCGCAGUUGCACCAUUCCUCUAGCUAGUAUCGGAGGUCAUCAGUCUUAUAUCUCCUUUGUUCCAAGCGUGGAGUGUAGAUAUUUGCUGAAACGAUCGAGGAUCAGUAAUUAGCAUCUUUGGACCUAUAGAUGGAUACUCAAGCAGCUGUAACGAUAAGAGAUUCAAGUGCAUGCGGUGAAGUAAGAGUACUAGAUCAUGAUCUUUCAAAAUGUAGAAAUAUGGGAAUAUUUCCUUAUUCUAUAUAAUACAAAAUCUGUGUAUACUUAUUAGUUAUGACUAUUAUUAUUAUUAUUAUUUUUUCUUUUAAAAAGUAAUUUUUUGCUAAAAUAUUUUAUAAAAUUUUAUGCACAAAAUAUUCAUCACAAAAAAGGGGAAAAAAAGAAAAGAAAAAGUCAAUUACAUGGACUAGGGUUUAGCAAGCUUGUAAAUAUAUACAAUAUACCAAAGGAAACUAAAUUAAGAGCAGAGAUGGGAUCGUUGAGAAAAAGAAAGAGAUCAAAUUUGUACUGGAUUGAAAGAAGAAGAAGAAAACGGAAAGUUGAAAAACUAAAUUUCAUCGAUGAUUUACCAGAGAGCUUGGUGUUGCACGAGAUUUUUUCCAAGCUACGUAACCCUAGAGAUCUCGUGUCUUGCAAAAACGUGAGCAAGCGAUGGAACUCUCUCAUAUCUUCUUCUUCUUCUUCUUCUUCUUCUUCUCAUAACAACCCAAGCUUGGCUUUGAUACUCAACACCCAGCCUCAUCAAUAUGCUACAAACGACAUAUGCUUGGAGGUUUGGAAAGGGUUCGACCUAAGCAACUACGUUGAUCCCGAGUUUGAUCCUCCUAUGUGUGUUCUAGCUUCUUGCAAAGAUGUAUUGCUGUGCAUGAAAUCUGAAGAGUUGUACAUUGUGAAUCCUGUGACUAUGCAGUGGACUCGUCUUCCUGAUCCCUGCGGUGCGACUUGGGGGUUACCCAUUGGAUUAAUAGGCAAUGGGACAAAAGGGCUGUACCAUGUUGUCAUGUUGGAGAUGUCUACACAAUCCUGCUUUAGAUUAUUCUCGUUCGACUCUAUGCUCGGUACAUGGAAGGGCGUUGGAGUUCAGCAUCCACCUUGGUCACAAUCCGGAUGGUGUCCAACUCAAUACCAAGCCUUGCCCUUUAACGGAGCUUUACAUUGGUUAGCAGAGGACGGGCCUGUCGUGGCUUACAACCCUAAUCAUCAAAACACAUGCCUACUCAUCCAUCGUUCCCACGACAUGUCUCAUGCUUCUUCUUAUUGUGCCGACGCAAUUGUUUCAGAGACCUUAACUGUCUCCACAGGCCAUCUACGCAUCCUUCAGCUCGUUGCAUCUGUUGAUCGUCAACAUCUCUAUAUUUGGACACUCGCGGACUACAAACGAUCCAUAUGGAGACGAGAGCAUGAUGAGCCUAUCUCUUUCACUGACCUUCCUUGGCUGCAAGACUGGACGUUCUCUGACCUAAACUAUAUGUUUAUGUCACGUUUCGUGACUCAUCCAGAAACUAGAAAGCGGAUUCUUUAUCCAAAACCUUUGUGUUGUCAUCCAUACAACCCUCUCCUCGUCUACUUUUGUUUGCCCGAAAGCAUUGUCUCUCUCGACGUUGCAACUAGGCAAAUGAAGUUAAUUACCACACUGAGCAAAAGUAGCACACAAGGCGUUCACUGGAAUGAAUAUGAUAAGGUGAUACCGAUGACAAUGCAGUUAGACCCCUCUCUAAUCCCGGAUCAUGGCCACGUACUGCAGAGACGUCGUAAACACAGAAGAUUCUUUUAGAGUUUAGAAUGGAAAAUAUAGAUAUGCAUGUUUCGCUUUUGACUUGUUGUUUUCAGAUAGUUAUGUUCCUCUUUCUUUUUAAAAUGAAUCUGUUUUGGUUGAUUUUAGGCAUUGGACUAAGACCAUGGUUUAUAUUA